CAGCUGCGCACAGUGACUUGAACUUCAUUUCCCAGUUUUCAAGUGUAUUCAAUUAUGCCAUACAUUGAAGCUACGGUUGAAUCAUGUCAGGACCAAAAGCUGCGCUGAAAGGUAUCGGCGCGGCCAUCAAAGCCCAAAAAUAUGAUGAUGCAGUACAAGAAGCGCAAAAGCUAUUGGUGUCAGAUCCCAAGAGCUACCAGGCAUCAAUAUUCCUAGGUUUUGCCCUCGCCAAACAAAACAAAUAUCCAGAAGCCGAGAAAGCCUACGAGGGCGCGACAAAAAUCAAAGAUCGCGAUCCUCAAGCAUGGCAAGGUCUCAUACAACUGCAUGAGAAGCAAGGAAGUGAUAAAGUAGAACUUUACCAGGUGGCGGCGCUUAAGCUGGCAGAAAUAUAUCAGUCUGCAGAUGACAAGUACAAGUGCCAGGAUGUCGUGGACAAGUUCUUAGGCUUUGCAAAGAACCAAGGCACGCGCCUACAAUACAAGAAGUCCCAGGAGAUUAUCCUACCGACGAGCCCAAUUUACAAUUAUCUAGAAGGCAGAGUACCGCAUCCAGCCCACACGUAUCAGAUCAUGGCACAGAUUACCGAAUUCGAGGAGAAAGAACGUAUCAACAAGACCAUUGGUGAGCGGAGGACUAGAAUCGGAGCUCAAAUCGGGCAAGUCACAAUUGAUGUCAAACGAGAAGUGUUCCGGGAUAGUGAUCUCGAAGAUCUUUACGGCAAGAUUAUCGAUUGGAGCAAUGACGAUGAAGUCCGACGUCAAUAUGAGGAAAAGCUUCUCCAGAGAUGUAUGGAGGCUUUGACUGUUCUGGUACCGAGUACAGACAAGAACGAGAAGCGUGCGAAAGUCAUGAAAUUAGCCAACGACAUGGUCAUUAUUAAGCACCCCUACAAGGUAGCAUGGGACAUUGCAAUAGAGUGGCAAGAUCCGGUGAACAUCCAGGAUCUAGAUGUUAACAUUCUACGCGAUUAUGCUGCCUUCUUUCCAACCAGUGGUCUUGGCCAAGUUUUGCGAGGUUUCCUUAGUAGUGAGAUUUCUCCCUUCACUGCUCCACCACCUCCUGUUCAACCGGCACAAGCGAGCACCUCAGACGAAAGCGACGAUGAGGAUGACGAUGCUGGAGGUGUUUCUUUGGAUGCGCCAACCAACAGUGAGGAUCGCCUACUAUUGAUGACUGAGGGCAUGUCAGAUUCAGCAAAAUCAAUACUUGCUCAUCGACUCAUGGGGGAAUAUUACCAAUUCUUAGAAGAGUACGAAAGCGUAGUGGAGCUUAUGCGAAACGCCCGACACUUAAUCGUGGCUGAAUCUGAAAAGACUGGCCUGACGUUCGAUCGUUCUUCCGAUGCAAUCAUUUCUCUUCUUGGUACUGCACUUGUGUACUAUCAGUCACCUAGGAACCAUCCCGAGGCGAAGACACUGUUCGACGGAUUGCUUCGGCGAGACCCUACCUCCACACCUGCCAUGAUUGGAAUCGGACUGAUCUACGAAGAGGAGGAAGACUACCCUGCCGCCAUAGGUUUUCUGGAACGUGCUUUGAAAAGAGACCCAAGUAACAUACGUGUCAAGACGGAAGCUGCAUGGGUCAAGGCGCUCGACGGCGAUUACAUUAGUGGGAAAGCUGAAUUGGAGAAUUGCCUUUCAAACCUUGACGGUAAAAAUGCCAGGGUGAGGGACCUUCUAGCCCAAACACAAUAUCGUCUGGGUAUCUGCCUCUGGAACAUGGACACCUCUAAAGCCGCUCGGAAGGAUAGAAAUGGUGCUUAUGCUUAUUUCUUAGCGGCUUUGAAAAGCAAUCUCAACUAUGCGCCUGCCUAUACAAGUCUUGGAAUAUUCUAUGCAGACUAUUUGAAGGACAGGAAGAGGUCACGAAAGUGCUUUCAGAAGGCGUUCGAGCUAUCGCCCUCUGAGAUCGAAGCAGCCGAGAGAUUAGCUAAAAUAUUCGCGGAACAAGGCGAGUGGGAAUUGGUUGAAGUCGUCGCACAACGCGUCGUCGAUUCUGGCAAAGUUAGGCCAGCUCUUGGCUCCAAGAAGAAAGGCGUCAGCUGGCCAUUUGCUGCAUUGGGAGUUGCAGAAUUGAACAAGCAAGAUUAUGCUAAAAGUAUAGUUUCUUUCCAAUCGGCUCUCAGAAUCACACCGAACGACUACCAUUCUUGGGUGGGCCUUGGAGAGAGCUACCACAAUUCUGGGAGGUAUAUCGCCGCUACCAAAGCAUUCCAACACGCUGAGAAGUUUGAGCAUGAGGUCGAGCAACAAAAAGCCGGCGAGACAUGGUUUGCAAAACAUAUGUUAGCAAAUGUAAAGCGAGAGUUAGGUGACUACGACGAGGCUAUCGAUGGCUAUAAAUAUGUCUUGAAAGAGCGCCCAACAGAGUUUGGAGUCUCUAUAGCCUUGAUACAGGCCUUGGUUGAAAGUGCUUGGGAUGGUAUCGACAAGGGGCUUUUCGGCCACGCUGCUCAACGUGCGACUGAAGCUAUCACUGAGAGUGCUUCUCUGGCUGAAUCUAGAGCAGAUGCAUUCAAUCUCUGGAGAGCUGUAGGUGAUGCUUGCUCAGUCUUUUCUUGGGUUCAGAGUCGCCUCUCGGAUUUUCCACAUUCACUCGUUAAACAAUUACUUCAAGUCGGAGAUAAGAAAGAUGCUUACGACAUGUUCACCGACAUUGACGGAGUUGGUGAUGUUGCCUUUGCAGACGGGCUCUAUUCCGCAGACGAAGAAAAUGGAGUAAAUCUCACACGAUGCUUACAUGCAGCAAUUAUGGCACAUAAAAGAGCUAUAUACGCCUCCGCUCACGAUAUUCAUGCUCAGGCUGUUGCUUACUAUAAUCUGGGUUGGGCCGAGCACCGAGCUCAUGUUUGCAUAUCUGCAGAGGUCAAGAAGAAAUCAACACGGUAUCUUCAAGCCGCAGUUCGAUCUUUCAAGAGAGCUAUUGAACUUGAAGCUGGAAACUCAGAAUUCUGGAAUGCCCUUGGUGUCGUCACUAGUGAUCUCAAUCCUCGAGUUGCCCAACAUUCGUUUGUCCGGAGCUUGUUUCUCAACGAGAGAAGUGCCCAGACUUGGACAAAUCUAGGUACCCUUUACCUCGUGCAGAAUGAUUUCAUGCUCGCCAACGAGGCAUUUACGAGAGCGCAAUCAAGUGAUCCUGACUUUGCUCAUGCAUGGGUCGGGCAAGGACUACUGGCCUUGCUGAUGACUGGGGAUACCAAGGAGGCCAAUCUUCUUUUCACUCAUGCCAUGGAGAUAUCUGAAGCGUCGUCUCUCCUAACGAAGCGGGAGUAUGCACAAUCCGUCUUCGAUCAGAUUUUGGUUUCUAAAUCAAGGUCAAAAGUCACAGAUCUGGUUCAACCACUCUUUGCACUGAAGCAAUUGCAAAGCAUGGAUCCAAACGGCAUGUCAUAUGAGCACCUCUCUACUUUAUUCUUGGAACGGAUUGACAAUGUACCACUGGCCCUUGAGACUCUUUCCAGGAUUUGCAGCAUUGUCGAGGCUGAUUACGAAAUCACCGAGUCGCCUUCCUCUCUGUCCCGCUUCGCUCUCGCGAAGGCCGACCUGGCUCGAUCACAGCUUUCUGCCAAAUUAUAUGGUGAAGCAGUCGAGAAUGGUGAUACAGCGCUGCAGCUCAGUGCUGAGGAUGCCGGUAACGAACUCUCAGCAGAAGCACGCCAAAAAUGCAGGUUAUCUGCUCAUCUGACCGUCGGGUUAGCACAGUACUACUCCAAUGACUUGGAAGCUGCGCUGCAGUAUUUCUUGCCUGCACUGGAAGAAUCGAACGGCAAUCCAGAUGCAGUCUGUCUUUUUGCCCAAGUCCUCUGGGCUAAAGGCGACGGGGAUUCGCGAAGCAAAGCACGAGAACAAUUGUUUGAUUCUGUUGAAAAUCACCCUGAGCAUGUCCAAUCUGUACUCUUACUCGGCAUUAUUGCUCUGCUCGACAAUGAUACUGAAAGCCUGGAGGCUGUCACGACUACGCUUCAAGACCUACGAGCUACUCAUACGAUCACUAAUCUGGAACAAGGACAGGUUGGCGAGGUGCUAAGAGCCAUCGCAGCAUUGUCUGAGCAUGAUGCUGAGUUGGAGACUUUGGCGGAGAUUCAAACUGAUGUGUUCUUACACCCACAUCAGCCGCAUGGAUGGGGUCGCUUGGCAGAUAUCGAUGGAGACGAUUAUGCAGCUAAUAUGGCGGUCAAGACUGCUUUGAAGGCUAUUCCACCACUUGGUCAAUUGGAUGCUACGGAUUUGUCAGAGGCGUUUGCGGGGACAGGAAAAAUAGGUGAUGCACAAAAAGCUGUUUUGAUUGCACCAUGGAGAAACGAAGGUUGGGAGACAUUGGGUGGUGCAUUGUCUGGGAGUCAAUAGAUGAGAUUAUGAGUGCAUGUCAUGAGUUAUGAACUGGAUGUACUUGCGAGUAACACAGAAACUCGUGUUGUUUUACUUCAAGAUCGAUAUUCCUCAGGUUCCACACGACAGAGCUGUAUUGCUUCACCUACCUUGUUUCAUGUGUCUUGCCGUUUUCCCGUCUCUCUAUCGCCAAAUGGCUCUGAUACCUACUCUAAACGGAAACCACAGCUCAAUGUCCGCUUCUUCUUUUGAC